GGGGCAGGGGGCGGAGCGGCCGCCGGCGGGGAGCCGAGCCCAGCCCAGGCGAGCCGCGAUGAAGAAGCCGGACGGGAAGGUAGUGCUGCUGGGGGACAUGAACGUGGGCAAGACCUCCCUGCUGCACCGCUACAUGGAGCGGCGCUUCCAGGAGACGGUCAGCACCGUCGGCGGCGCCUUCUACCUGAAGCAGUGGGGUCCGUACAACAUCUCCAUCUGGGACACCGCAGGACGGGAGCAGUUCCAUGGCCUUGGGUCUAUGUACUGCAGAGGAGCAGCUGCUGUGAUCCUCACGUACGAUGUGAACAGCUUCCAAAGCCUGACGGAGCUGGAAGAAAGAUUCUUGGCACUGACAGACAGUGCAAGUGCUGACUGCAUUUUUGCUAUUGUUGGAAAUAAAGUUGACCUCAGUGAUGACUGUACUUUACCACCGGAUGAAAAUAGACCUGAGAAGUCCGUUGCCAGCUGUGGCUCGAAGGUGCGAAAACAAGUCCGUGCAGAGGAUGCGAUUGCGCUCUACAAAAAGAUACUGAAAUACAGAAUGCUAGAUGAGAAGGAUGUUCCAGCAGCUGAGAAAAUGUGUUUUGAGACUAGUGCAAAAACAGGAUACAAGGUGGACUACCUCUUUGAAACUGUGUUUGAGAUGGUAGUCCCAAUAAUUGCACGGCAGAAAGCUGAGGGGCCACCGCAAACUGUUGACAUCACGGACUACAAGCCAGCAAAAAGGACAAAAUCAGGUUGUUGUGCCUGACCCGUUUACGUGACAUAAGAAAAGGGGAGGGAUUGUUUGCUCCAGCAAAAUGAGGAGCAAGAAGUGCUUUCAGCUCACCAGAAAGGAAAAGUCAAAGCAUAAAGAAAUAGACUAAAAUGGUGUAUGCAAAAAAAAAAAAAAAAGGCCAAAAAAACCCCCAACAACAACAACAACAAAAUCUUCUGACCAUUAAAGGCUUCUGGGAAGCUCUGUGUAUAAAAAUGGGAAUGCAAGUGAAAUUAUGGAGUAAGACUUGCUAGUUUCUAUGGUGUGUUAGUACAAUUGGUAGUGACAAUCAUUUGGACAGUUUUGAAGGAGUCUGAUUUUUAGUGACUUGCCAUUUCAUGUUGCAUAUAAAUGAUCUGUUUGUGUACUCUUGACGACUUUCAUAUGAUUAUCAUCUUUCCCCUUAUGAUUCUAACUUUGGAAGACUGAACACACGGUACUUUUUUAUUCUUCAGAUAAAAAAAGAAAAUCCAGGUGUAAUUUAUAUUUGUAGCUAAUAAAUCCAUUGCGAUCUUUUUAUGUCAGACAUGACAGUGUAUGAUUCGGAAGCUGAACUAUUAAAAUCACUGUGGAUCUG